GUUAAAUAUGCUUUCCCGAAUUGCAACAUCAUCGCUGGGGCUUUCCCGCUCUGCAACCGGAGUCAUUGCCACUCAAUCUCGUCAAAUUUCUUUUGACCUCAGCGAAACCCAAAAGGAGAUUCAAGACGCCGCUCUCAAGUUCUCCAAGGAUGUUCUCGUCCCAAAUGCAGCCAAGUUUGACGAGAGCGGAGAGUUUCCAUGGGAAAUUGUCCGACAGGCUCAUAGCCUUGGACUCAUGAACCCACAGAUUCCGGAGAAGUAUGGUGGCCCAGGAAUGACCACUCUUGAGACUGCCCUCAUUGUUGAAGCUUUGUCCUAUGGAUGCACUGGUAUUCAACUUGGUAUCAUGGGACCAUCUCUUGCCAUUGCUCCUGUCUACAUCUCUGGAAAUGAGGAACAGAAGAAGAAGUAUCUUGGAGCACUCGCUGCGGAGCCAAUUAUUGCUUCGUACUGUGUGACUGAACCAGGUGCUGGAUCUGAUGUCAACGGAGUUAAGACCAAGUGUGAGAAGAAGGGUGAUGAGUACAUUAUUAAUGGAUCCAAAGCCUGGAUUACCGGGGGAGGACAUGCUAAAUGGUUCUUCGUGCUAGCCCGUUCCGAUCCAAACCCAAAGACUCCAGCUGGAAAGGCUUUCACCGCCUUCAUCGUUGACGGUGACACUCCUGGAAUCACCCGUGGAAAGAAGGAGAAGAACAUGGGACAGCGAUGCUCGGACACCCGUGUCAUCACUUUUGAAGACGUCCGCGUGCCAGCCGAGAAUGUGCUGGGAGCCCCUGGAGCUGGAUUCAAGGUCGCCAUGGAAGCCUUUGACAUGACGAGACCAGGAGUUGCCGCCGGAGCACUUGGACUCUCGUGGAGAUGUUUGGACGAGUCGGCCAAGUAUGCUCUGGAGAGAAAGGCUUUCGGAACCGUAAUUGCCAAUCACCAAGCCGUCCAGUUCAUGCUUGCUGACAUGGCUGUCAACCUCGAGCUCGCUCGUCUUAUCACCUACAAAUCCGCCAACGAUGUCGACAACAAGGUGCGCUCUUCAUACAAUGCUUCGAUCGCCAAGUGCUUUGCCGCCGACACUGCCAACCAAGCUGCCACCAACGCUGUUCAGAUCUUUGGAGGAAAUGGCUUCAACUCUGAGUAUCCAGUGGAGAAACUGAUGCGUGAUGCCAAGAUCUAUCAGAUCUACGAGGGAACCUCGCAAAUUCAGCGCAUUGUCAUCUCGCGCAUGCUUCUCGGACAUUUCGCGCAAAAUGGAACUAGCAGAAUUUAGGAUGUGCCGUUUUUGAGCAAUUUGGUUACACAACACGAGGUCUCUCCAGCCACUAAGUAUCUUUUUUGUAUGAUUUGUAUACACGUUUUUUGAAUGAAAAUGAUUGAAAUGAAUGGGUUUUAU